AUGGAAAAUGGAGUCUUCCGGUUUCAACUAUUUCGACUUCACGGAGACGAGCAUGUGCAACUGAUGUUUGACAUUCACGGGAGGAUCAUGUGUGAACAGGUAAUGGAGCUGUCCGCCGAGGUGGGUCACGGUGGUAGUGGGGGUUCCGUACACGAAACCUAUGUGCAGGACGACCGACCUCUCGCACCACCGCCCAUUCAUGUCGCGAUUCCGGAGCAUGAGGCAGAGGAGGGUGAGGAGGAGUCGGACGAGGAUUAUGUGGCGAACAGUGAGUCUUCCGAUGGUGGCGAUGAGGAUGAGUUUGUGCCGGAGACACCUGCCGGGGCUGUAGCGCGCCAUGUGCUGCCUCCACCUCACCUAAUUCCGGCGUUGUUGGCUGUGCCAAGUCACUAUCACAGUCUAGAUCUAGACGCCAUGCAUGAGAGGACCCCGGUUUCUAACACCUAUGAAGUGGAUUACAACCUAGAAGGCAAUGUAGAGUUUUGGGUCGGACACAGGUUCAGAAGCCGAGAGGCAGUACUUUACGGUGUGAAGAACUACAGUAUUCGCAAGAGUGUUGAGUACCGAGUGAUCAAGUCCGACCAGUUAAAGUACCAUGUGCAGUGCCGUCAAGCCGACAGUGGGUGUCAAUGGAGCCUCCGUGUGGCCCUUCGUCAGAAUCUCGGAUACUGGGAAGUUCGGAGGUUUGGUGGACCACACAGCUGUCUAGCACCCACCAUAUCUCAAGACCAUCGUCAAUUAGAUAGCAGUCUCAUCUGCAGGGUCAUAUUGUCCUUGAUUCAGUCCAACCCCUCUAUCAGUAUCUCGGUCUUGCAAGGUGCGGUCCAGGCAAGCUAUCACUUCAAACACUCAUACAGAAAGGUGUGGAUGGCAAAGCAGAAAGCAAUUGCACGGAUCUACGGUGAUUGGGAAGAGUCGUACAACAAGGUGCCGAAACUACUUCAAGCACUGCAGAGCUGUUUCCCCGGCACCAUACGUGACCUACGCGUCAAACCGUACUACGAUGGACACUUCAUGGCCUUCAAGCAUUGCAAGCCGUUUUUAUCUGUAGACAGCGCUCAUCUGUAUGGCAAGUACGGUAGAGUGUUGUUUAUUGUGGUGGCGCAAGACAGGAACAGCAAUAUACUGCCAAUUGCUUUUGCCAUUGUUGAGUCUGAGAGCACCGAGUCAUGGUCGUUCUUCCUUACUAAUUUGAGGCACCACGUCACCCCACAAGACGGCUUGCUGGUUAUAUCCGACAGAUCUCAGGCCAUCAAGGCUACCCUAAGCUCCGAUGAUAGUGGUUGGCAUCCCCCUAGGGCGAUCAAAACCCUCCAAUGCAGGACCCUGGCCUCAUGCUAA